AUGUCGUCUGUGACUGGUGUCGAGGUGGACUUUAUUCCGGUGCUUGAACUCCCCGAGGAGGAGCAGCUCGAUGAGGGCGGGCUCGCCGAGCUGUACGGCGACUUGCAUCUACGCAACUUCUUUGCCCUCGCCAGCAUCGACAUUCCUCCGCAUGUGGUACUUGCCGAGGCGCAAAACCUUGAGUAUGCGUUUCGCACAACUGUUGCCACUUCCAAGCCCGAGAGCGGCGGCACCCGGGUCGCCAUCUCCACUGGCGCUGUCUUCUCGGCCUUCUUUGCUGGCCAGUGGCUGCAAGCCUUCUUUGCCGCCCUCAUCGCGCUCGCCUCGGAUCCAACCGUCUCCAACGACGACAUCCUCACUGCGCUCCGCCUCCAGUUCCCCACCCUCACCAUGGUGCUCACCAGGGUCAUCGACGUGCCGAACAUGACGUUCUUUGACGACAAGGUCGAGAUCCGCGGCCCAUCCGCUGUUGUCCUUCCAGGCUCGCAGAAUCCUGUCCCGGUCCGGAAGAUCCGCAUCACUGCCCCGUUUGACCACAAGGCCAUGCGCAAGUUCUAUCCGCAGCUCUCGCGGCUGCUCAAGUGGCUCGUCUCGCUCCGGGUGCGCGUGGUCGACAAGGCCGCCCCGAGCCAGCUAGCCUCGGUCUAUGCCUUUGACUCGGCCAAGCAGGUAUUCUCGUUUGAGGGCUAUGUCGCCGGCGAUCAGCUGCUAUGGAUAGAGACUGCCGGCGGGCCCGCUGUGGCGCCCGCCGAUCCCGAGCCCCGUCUCGCCGCCUCGGGCACCGUCAUUGCCAACGCCCGGUGCUUCGACCUUGCCUUUCCGCCACACCAGGAGCUCGCUCUGUUCAUGGACAUGCAGAUGACUGUCUGGGGCUUCAACGUCCUCCAGCUUCCCGUCGUUGGUAUGGAGCUUCUCACCUCGCCUGACAACCCCAGCUGCGCCGAGCUCACCGUCGUCUCGGUUACCAACCCGACGUCGACGCUCAAGCUCUUCUCAUGGCUCCUCUCACUCUCGGAGCUCUACGAUGAGCUCAUCCGCACCUUUUCCCUCCGCGUCUUUAUCGGCAAUCGGACGCUGCCGCCCAAUAUCACCGCCGUCACCAAGGCUUCCGACACCGCCAACGCCGCCGACGCCGCCAACGCCGCCGAUGCGGCUUCGUCAGCGGCAACCGACGGGUGGAUCGGCUUUGCCGGGCCGAACCAAUUCGCCUUUCUCCUCACCGUCGCCUUCCCGCUCAAGCUCGUCACUCGGGUGCUCUCGCACAUUUGGGACAAGUUUGUCAAAAAGUACACGUGGGUCGACAUCCUCGCCUUUGCGAGCGACACGCUCAACGCAUUUGUUUCGGACCUCGGCGUGGUCAUGGCCCUGUAGGCAGCGGCGGUGCGAGGCAUUGCAUGUGUGUUUGUUGCUUGCGCUGGCGCCAUCAGAACCGUACUCUGCGGACCUCGCCGCGCUCCGGAUCGCCGACGCCGCCCGAGGCGAACUCGUCGAGCGGCAGCGUCGAGGCCAGCAGCUCGACGCCGACGUCGUCCGAGUU